AGAAAACUGCCUAAUAGGCCACUCCUGCAAUGCCAGGGCUUUCCAAGGAGCAUAAAUAAUCGAGGGCAGCCCCGGACAUUAUUAUCUUUUAGACGGAUAGUCCAACACAAACAACUUGCUCAUUCAGACAAAUCAUUCGUACAGACGAAAAAAUGACUUUCGCUCGCUUCCGCCUGGAAUCGAUCUCUGAUUUGUCUCAAUCGCACUCUGUUGUGCCGGCCAGGCCCUCUUCUCAUCCAUCAGUGCCUUCGGACAAAAAGAAGCAUUCCCAGAAGAUACACUGUCGAUGGCUUUUUCUUACCUACUUCGAUUCUUCGUUGGAGCAAGAAGAUGAUUUUGUAAAUAGGUUUCGAGCGAUGUUGGAGCAAAGAUCCCUCGCUUCUUCUACGUUUUAUGGAUGUCGUGAGGAGCAUGCGGAGAGCGGCGUUCUCUAUCAUGUCCUUCUACACCUCGAGAAGCAGGUUAAUUGGAAAGUCAGCAGUGCUCGCAGAUACCUCCAGGUUUCAGAUAACCCACAUGAGCCUAUCAAAAUAGUCACUCGUCACCCUAGAGUGAACUACGAAGACUUCAAACACAGCCAUGUUGAAUACUGCGAGCGGAUCGCACUCGACGAUUGUUUUGGCACACGUCCAAGUAUUUCUGCGGCAAAGGACCCCAGGUACAAGCGGAAGUGGGUGGAAGUUGACCAGCAGCCAACGAAAGCUGCCAAGCGGGCUAAAAUAAUCGAAAUUCUAGCUCAUGAAUAUGAAAGGGAUAUCGACAGUAUGAAAUCUGCUCUUGAUUAUGAGCGUCGCGGGGAGGAUUGAGUUGGGGGCACGUUCCCAUUGCCAGAUUACAUUGUGCUGUCUGAUUGAUAUCAUGACGAAGAUCGAACGAUGAAUGCCCGAAAGCCUGGAAUAUUACAGUUAGCAAAUGGGUUAUGGUCAGUCUUGCUUAUGGUCAGCGAGACGUUGCUAGAUAUAGAUCUGUGUUUCAUGUUUGCUUCAAUUGGUAGAGCUGUUUAUUAACACUGAAACUGCGGGUUGAUGCGUUGAUCGGUAUUGAUUUUGAUUUCGCCAAAGUUCAUUCUAUAUUGUAUUAGGUUGGUGACAUUAGAUUAAUGGGCUUUAUCAUUUACAUUGAUUGAUGUGCCUUACUGCUGCGCAUAUUCGUGCUCACAACUGAAGGAAAUCUCCCCAAGA